AUGCCCCAAUGGGGAAGACCACCAGGGGCACGAGUGGGGAGACAAACCAGGAGGCGUGCGGUUCCGUGGGAGGAUGGUGCAGUACGGGUUGAGGAGAUUGAUAGCGAGGAGGAAGACGCAUACAUCCGGCGGGAUGCUCGCUCCUUGUAUGCGAGACAACCAACCGGUAUGGAUGGCGACAGAGGGCCUAGGUUGCGGAGACGGAUGAUGGAGUAUGACGACUAUGGGGAUGAUGCGCCCAUGGAUGGGGCGGAGUAUGACCUGUAUGAGGACAUGGACAGCACAGUGGCCUAUGCGGUCCAGUUAGCCAUGAAAGACAAGGAGGAGCAGUUGGUGGACCAGGCUUUGGAUCGGAUUCGACGUGCGCAGGUUCAGGGUCAAAAAAACGUGCGCCUAUCGAAGCCAGAGUUGGAUGCAUUGGAACGCAAGCGAAUGCAAGCAAGCAGCGCAUCGGAUACUGAAUACAAGACAAGUACUCCCCAGGGAUCACCUGGCGGCAAUCGGCGUCUGAGGCCACCCGAGAGUCCGAACAAGAAGUCUGGGGCACAACGCAGCGGAUCCAGUUCAUCCUCGAGCAAGCACGGGGUGCCAUCACAAUUGACCGACAACAACGCCGCGUAUGCAUUCUGGGCAAGGACCUCGGGGGCUUCACUUGGAACCUCAGCUUCCCCGCGGUCGCCUCUCGCGUCUGCUCGGACUCAGUCGAACCAAACACCGCCUCGGUCCCCGCUUCAACCAGCCUAUUCCCCCGAGCGCUUUUCCUCCGUCCCGCUUGUUCGCACCCCAGGAGCCGUGAAGAAGCCGGCCUUUGCGCGGCCCCUUCCCGACGAUCCCCAAUGGGUGCCCCCGUAUCCGCUUCCGUAUCCGAGAGAACAGCCUCCCUAUCCGACCGAUCGUCAACGUGGCUCGCCAGGCCGCCCGGUCCCGAUGCCGUACGCCUCCAACUAUCGCAGUGUCUUUGAUGACUACCCUCCAGCUGGCGGACGGAGCCCGGCUUCAACGCAGGGGGUACCGGGAACCGCGACGGAAGGAUCCCCCAGUGAAGACAACGCGGAUGAAGGAAGUAGUUCGGGCGACAGUGGGGACGAGGGGCAUGUGGUGGAAGUAGUCGAGCGCCGGGUGCCUGCAGGGACCCCGAGUCGAGGUGGUGGAGGGGGAGGAAGUCGUCAGCGGAGCAGUCGCCCUUGA